GAAGGGAUGGGGGAUAAAAGGAUGACGAGGAACUCGCAGAAGGAACGAAACCUCUCAGAUCAUGUCUCAAGACAAUCAGGGUGUUCCUCUCAUGCCUACUGACCAUCCAGGUUAUAUGCGUGACGCCCAAGGCUUUCUUUACAUUCAACGUGAGGAUAGACAAUGGAUUCCGUACAAUCCGCCUCCAAAUGCUCAUGCAACUCCGGCUCGACCCUCCAAUUUUCUACCUCCGCCUCCCAGUCCCAGUCCACCUCCUCUGCAGCAGCUUCAAUUCACAUUGAAUCCGAUUGCCACGCCGACUUCGACUCCAUCAAACCCGGCUCCGCCGAUUCCUCCAACUCUUGUGUCCAAAGUCCCUGCCUCCAACGCCUCCACGCGCAGGCCGAAGCUGCAGGCUACAGAGAAGAAGUUGACCACCACCAAGUCAACAGGAUCGAAGAAGCGCACAUACGAGUCAGAUGAAUCUGACAACGACAACUCGAAGUCUGCGGCUAAGCGCAAAUCCAGUGGACGGACGAACGGGUCGGGAAACUACGCAAACGACCAUGUUAUGGGGAUGCUCGAUGUGGUGGAGGAUGUAGAGCCCGCAGGAGGGAAUGGAUGGAAGGAGGUGGCGAGGCUAUAUGACAUCCGUGCAGAGGAGGAGGGUUGGCCGACACGAACCCAAGAGUCAUUGCAGAGGAAGUACAAGUCGUUCUUGACGAUGAAGAAGCCCACCGGAAGCGGCGAACAUCCCCCUCAUGUCACCCGCGCUCUCCAGAUCGAGGAGAACAUCAUCAAGAAGGCCGGCAUCGUCGAGAUCAGCGACACUGAUAACUCGUCAGAUACGGACGUGGAUGUGAAGCUGGUAAAGAAGCGCACCGCCGUUGCAACUCGUGCUCCAUCCCCUGCCCGCCGCCGAUCUCGCGUGAACCCCAAUGAGGUCAUGGGCAAUGUUGCCCGUGCGUUUGACCCGGAGGCAAUGGAGCGGCGCGAGUCUGCACAGACCCAACGCAUGCACGAGAGCGCACAGCUCUUUGCGGCAUCACAGCAGACUCGGGACCUCCAGAGGGAGGUUGCUGCUCUCCAUCGACGGAUUGAGCAGCUGCAGGAGCGUUUGCAUGAGGCUCAGCGUGAACGCGACAUGGCCAAACUCCGCCUCGAGUUCAUCCAGCCUCCUCGCAGCCAUGCCAAUUCCAGCCCGUACAUGCCGCCGCAGAUCACAGACGAUGACUACGAGUUCGACUGGGGUCGCUCUUCUCCCUCCGUUUCACACCAUCGCAAUGCAAUCACUGGCCCGUCGCAUCCUCAACGCUUUCCCUCCGAACUUCAGACUUCGACAGUCGUUGCCGAUGCUGCUGAGGUCACUGUCUCGCAGCCAGAUGGGAGCGCUUUGACAGUCACCAUCAGCCCGAGCAAGGGCAAGGGCAAGCAGAAGGCUACGGAUGUCAUACAAAAGAACCUUUCCUCGAGUGCUUGUACAGCACACGAAUCCACCAUUUCGUACCGAUUCCCAUCAUCAUCUGGGAGUCCAUCCCCUCCCCCCAUCAUACCAUCGUUGCCCGAUCUGGCGCAUCAAAACGAACCCGGACCCUCCAACCCCUAUCUCGCCCUCCCGCCACCUGAAGACGAGAUCCCAGACCUCGACAAGUUGCCCUCUGAACAACCACCCUCACCCCCGCCUACCGCACCUGCUCGUACCAUGUCAGGACACCAUUGCAUCACCCUCGCCGCCAACCCUCCCUAUUUUGAUGGGGACAAAUCCAAAUAUCUGGGCUUCGUAGACUCGUGCACCACCUACAUUGGUGCCUACCAAUCAGAGUUCUCGCAGGAUGAGACCAAAAUCCUCUUCGUCCUCUCCUACCUCCGUAAUGAGAACGGCACGAGCUGUGCUGCCUCAAGAUGGGCGAUGAACUGGAAGCAGCACAACUUCGAUGGCUUCUAG